AAAAACAAAAGCGGUAAUGGUCAUCAAAGGCGUUUAAAGCUCUUGCUCCAGUUCCAGUGCAUCGCAUUCGCUGGAUAACAUGCAGACGGCAGUGACGCAAGGGCUGCGUUGGACAAGCGACUCGGUGCACGCUGACUGCUGAGCACAGAGAAACCUGCUGCUGCUGCUUUUCGACCAAAACAUCGAAGAGCAGGAGCCAUUUGUCUGUUGAGAUCCUCGCAGGUUUUUGCUGGAGCUAUGGUUUAGGCUGAUAACGGUCACGGAUCUGCAUGAACACUAUGGCUGCAGUGGUGAAUUAUUCUCCGCCGUGGUGGGUUAACCUUUUCCAUCGCCUCCCGCACUUCAACCUACAGUUUCAGCUGACCAGCAGCGAUUUCCGCCCGGAGGACUCGGAAUAUCAAAAGUCUGUGUUGUUGCUAGGCGCAGCAGUGUUGGUGUGUUUGGCGCUUGACCUCCUCUUCCUCCUCUUCUACUCCUUUUGGCUAUGCUGCCGUCGCAGGAAGAACCAGGACUCGCCCAACGCGGACUGCUGCUGCACCGCUUGGUGCGUGAUCAUCGCCACGCUCGUGUGCAGUGCUGGCAUUGCAGUCGGUUUCUAUGGAAACGGCGAAACGUGCGAUGGCAUGACACGACUGACAUAUUCCUUGCGCCAUGCUAACCAAACAGUGGCAGGCAUCGACAAACUGGUAUCAGAGAGCACCAGCUCUCUGAAUGAAACCCUGCAGGAGGGUUUGGUGCAGCUGGAGACCGUGUACUCCAAGCAUACAGACUACCUGUCCAUCGUCCAGAAACUGCAGGGUCAGCUGGACGAGCUGAUCAAUCUCAUGGUGGAGGUGCCUUUCUGGAGCAGUAUGGAUCUCUCUCUGGAUCACCUGGCGUCCGUCACUGAGCAGUAUGACUGGUACAGGUGGUUGGGUUAUCUGAGUCUGCUGCUCUUUGAUGUUAUAAUCUGCCUGCUAGUUUUGGUUGGUCUCAUACGCAACUCUAGAAGCAUCUUGAUCAGCGUUUGUUUGCUAGGUGUGCUGACGCUGGUGAUCAGCUGGGCUUCACUUGGGCUGGAGUUUUCUGUUGCUGUAACUGCCAGUGAUUUUUGUGUUGCCCCUGACUCUUACAUCACCAAAGUAACACGUGAGAACGUUGAUAUCAAACAAGAUAUCCUGCAGUAUUAUCUGAAGUGCAGCAUGGGACAGACCAACCCAUUUCAGCAGAAACUCUCCGGAAGCCAUAAAGCUCUUGUGGAGAUGCAGGAUGAUGUUUCCGAGCUCUUGCGCUCUGCUAUCCGAGAAUUCCCUAAGACAAAGAGUAACCUGGAGGAGAUGCAAGCGGUGUUAAACUCCACUGAAGUCAGUCUCCAUCACCUCACUGCCCUGGUCGAUUGUCGGAGCCUGCACAUGGACUAUGUGCAGGCUCUGACCGGACUGUGUUACGAUGGAGUGGAGGGGCUCAUUUAUCUGGUCCUCUUCUCAUUUGUCACUGCGCUAAUGUUUAGCUCCAUCGUUUGCAGUGUGCCUCACACCUGGCAGAGCAAGAGGUCUGAGGAGGAGGAUGGCGAUGAGACUUCGGCCACACUCGGCCCGCGAGCGCCGCACGAUAACCUGUACCGCGUACACAUGCCUAGCCUGUACAGCUGUGGCAGCAGCACCUACGGCAGUGAGGCUAGUCUACCCGCUGCGGCACACACUGUCAGCAACGCACCAGUCACUGAGUACAUGAGCCAGAAUGCUAACUUUCAGACCCCUCGGUGCGAGAACACGCCACUCAUUGGCAGAGAAUCCCCCCCGCCGUCAUACACCUCAAGCAUGAGGGCCAAAUAUCUGGCAACCAGCCGCCCAGACCAGUCCAGGCCAUCAGAAUCCCAGAACGGACUGGCGCCCAACAUGCGACCAGAUCUAACCAGCCGUUCAGCUCCAAACAGCCGACCAAAUUCAGCUAUCCACCGACCCCACUCCUCCAUCCAUUAACUAUCAUCAAAUGCGUAACCAAUAGUCAUCUACCUGUCAGGUCUACCAGUAGGACAUUUGUCUCCGCCUCGAUGUUCAGCCCUUCGCCAGUAAAGAAAUUCUUUAUCCGAUUGGAAUCAGUCAUCCAUGCUUACCUACUCUGUCUUCCUAAAGACUCCAUUCUGCUAAACCUUUAUUCAGACUGCCAUUUUUUUAACUCCCCUAAUCUCACACAAUGCUUCACAGCAACUACACUGCCCUCUUCUGGAGGACUCCUCUCAGUCGUCAGCACAGUAUAGCUCCCUUACUACCCUUACAGAGAUUCUCUCAGGGCAGCCAUAUUGGCAAGGACUGCAGGACCACAUUAUCACAGCAGGAUAAUGGUUUAUACCACUGUCAUUUUUAAAUCUCUUGCCGUGCUGUGCAAUGAAAUGUCACUAUGACAUUUGAUUUUAGGAUGGAGUUCUAUUUUUAAGUGUUUUGCAAAAUUACAUAUAGUUUAACAAGGUUUUAAAGAUGCAGCUUUUGUGCUUUCUCUGCAGUUCCUGACAAUAUGGCAGCAUUCUACUACUGCAGCCACAAUCCAAGGUAUUCAUCAUUGCUAUUUGAUGUUAACGGAGAUGUUUACUCCUUUACUAAUGUUCACAUACUUGUGACUCUGUGGUUAAACAAAUGUUCCUGUCAUCGAAGGCCGAUCUUUGUAUUUACAGUACAGUGUAAUCUAUGGUGUACCACAGUGUGUGAACUGACAGCCAUCAAGCCUUUGAGCCAUUAUGCGCAUUCAAUAUCUUAUUCUAGAAGGGAAACAAUUGCACAGCACACUAUCGGUGUGUGUUUGUGUGCGUGGCGUGUUUGCCUUGUGCAUUAGUGAGUGUG